AUGUCAUAUGUAAAAGUUAAGAAAUUUGACAUUAAUAUUGACACUUCAGACGUUUCGCAGCUACACCAUUUGGUGGAAAUGAGUAGUGCCUACGAACGUGAUAUGAAUAUGGAUGGAUCGUUCAUAUUGUUUUUCUUGACUUUGCAAGAGAAAGCAACUCGAAAAUCGAUAAUGAACGAAUACUCUAGUGAGUUGGCAAAGAUUGCUGCCUUGACUUGGAGAGAUGCAUCUGAUGAAUUCAGAAAUAAAUUUGCCGAAAUUAUGAAGAAUUG